AUAUCAAUGCAUUGUAAUGCAUGCGAGAAAAAGGUUGUUAAAGUAAUUUCUAAAAUAAAAGGAGUUGACAAAAUUAUUACUGAUAUAACAAGACACAGAUUAACGAUAAUGGGCCAGUUUUGUCCAGAGAAGAUACUAAAGAAGUUGAAGAAAAAAACAAAGAAAAAAGUUAAUAUUGUUGAACUAAAAACUGAUGAUAACGAUGAUGAUGAUAUUGGUGGAACAAAUAAAAGUACAGAAGAAUUUAGUUUAUGUGUAGAUGAUUUAAAAAAUGAAAGAACGCCAGAUUAUUUUUCAAUUUUAUAUGAUGAAUAUUAUGGAAAUGGGAACCCAAUAUUUACAAUUUUUAGUGAUGAAAAUGCCAAUUCAUGCUUUAUAAUGUAA